AUGGAAGCACUAAAGCCUCCUCAACAGCUAGAUUUGGAGGCGCAAAACCUCCCGCAGGUAUGGAAGCUCUGGAAGGAGGAACUGAUGUUGUAUCUAGACCUAGCCAUGGCUAGCAAGGAAGAUCAAACCAAGGUUGUAAAUCCCAAGAAUCAGGAGGCCUUUGAUGUUGAGUUCAUCGUUGUGGACAAUGGGAAGCUGACACCCAUACUUGGUAGUGAGACCAGUCAACUGAUGGGCUUAAUCACGGUGCAGCAUGAGAAAAUCAUGGAGGUGAAUGACACACCAAGGAUGAGCUCUGCAGAACAAUUUUGUUUUGAGUAUGCCGAUGUGUUUGAUGAUGGAGUUGGGAAGCUACCUGGCCAGUACAAGAUAGAACUGGAUCCUACAGUGAAACCUGUUGUACACCCACCUAGACGAGUACCAGUUGCUGUUAAAGAGAGAUUGAAAGCUGAACUGGAGAAGCUGGUAGAAGCAGAUAUUGUUGCUCCAGUUGAUACACCAACCGAAUGGGUCUCAAGUCUUGUGUGUGUCAACAAAGCAAACAACAAAUUGAGGAUUUGUCUGGACCCACAAGACCUGAACAAAGCUGUCAGAAGGAACCACUACCCAAUGAAGAUAAUUGAGGAUAUUCUGCCAGAUCUGACUAAGGCAAAGGUGUUUUCAGUAGUUGAUGCAAAGAAUGGGUUCUGGCAUGUAGAACUUGAGGAAGACAGCUCAUACCUGACAACAUUCAAUACCCCAUUCGGCCGCUACAGAUGGAAGAGGCUGCCCUUUGGUAUUGCCUCAGCACCAGAGGAGUUUCAGCGUAGGCUAGAUGAAGCACUGGAAGGUCUGCAAGGAGUGAGCACAAUAGCAGAUGACAUACUAGUGUAUGGCGAGGGUGAAACAGUGACAGAAGCUGAGAUAGACCAUGACACCAAGCUGAGAGCUGUGAUGCAAAGAUGCAGGGAGAAAAAUCUGAAACUCAACAAACAAAAGUUGAAGUUCAAAAUGAAGGAAGUGUCCUUCAUGGGUCACCUGAUCACUGAAGAAGGAUUGAAACCGGACCCAGCAAAAAUAAAGGCGGUGAGAGACAUGCAAAAUCCUUCAGAUGCUGCUGGAGUACAACGAUUUCUUGGAUUCGUUAAUUACCUGAGCAAGUUCCUUCCAAACCUGAGUGAGAUGUGCGAACCACUACGGUCUCUGACCAAGAAAUAUGUAGAAUGGUGCUGGCUGGAUGUGCAUGAUAAUGCAAUCAAGAGAAUCAAGAAGGCAGUAACUUCAGAACCAGUACUGAGGUAUUUUGACAAGGACACAGAGCUUGUUCUGCAAGCAGACGCCUCUGAAAAAGGCCUAGGAGCUGCAAUCAUGCAGGCAGGUCAGCCAAUCGCUUACACAAGUAGGGCCCUGACUGAGGCAGAGACACGCUAUGCCCAAAUAGAGAAGGAGUUGCUUGCAGUUACCUUUGGACUAGAAAGAUUCCAUCAGUACACCUACGGUAGGAAGGUGAUUGUUCAAAGUGAUCACAAACCACUGGAGAUCAUCACGAAGAAAAACAUGCAUCAAGCUCCCAAAAGACUCCAGAGACUCAUUCUUCGUUUGCAAACUUAUGAUGCUGAUAUCAUCUAUCAUCCGGGCAGCAAGAUGUACAUUGCUGAUACGCUUAGCCGAGCUUAUCUACCUUUAAUGGAGGAGGAUGGAAGACGAGUAGAGAUGGAACAAGUCAACCUGUUGGAUCAUCUGCCAAUUGCAAAACCACUGUUGGAAAAGCUAAAGCAAUGCACAGCAGAGAAUGAGGUGAUGCAAGAGCUACGUGCAACAGUAAUGAAUGGAUGGCCCAGGAGGCAACAAGAUCUUCCAUCAGAUGUCAGACCAUACUUUCACAUAAGGGAUGAACUAAGCAUCUCGGAUGGUCUCAUCUUCAGAGGUGAAAGAGUCUUGAUACCAAAUAGCAUGAGGAAGGGCAUGAUCGAACGACUACAUUCAUCUUAUCUUGGAGAAAGCAGCUGUUUAAAGAGAGCACGAGAAUGCCUCUAUUGGCCCAAUAUGAACAGUGAAGUGAAGAAUUACAUACAGAGAUGUGAUGUGUGUAGAGCCAUGGGUACCAGGCAGCAGAAGGAGCCUUUACAGCAGCAUGAGGUGCCAGACAGACCUUGGGCAAAAGUAGGGGCAGAUCUGUUUGUCCUUGAUUCCCGCAACUACCUGGUGAUAACAGACUACUAUUCCAACUUCAUAGAGGUAGACUCUCUGACAACUACAACUUCAGCUGCUGUGAUACACAAAAUGAAAGCCCAAUUUGCCCGACAUGGAAUUCCAGAGGAAGUGAUAACAGAUAAUGGCCCACAGUUUGCAUCUGACGAAUUUGCCAGGUUUGGGGCCACGUGGGAAUUCAAGCACACAACAACAUCUCCCCUUUAUCCUCAGGCAAAUGGUAAAGUGGAAAAUGCUGUGAAGACCGCCAAAGCACUUCUCAAGAAGGCAAAAGAAGGACACACAGACCCAUAUCUGAGUUUGUUGGCCUAUAGAAAUACGCCAACACCCGGGUUUACUUCCAGUCCAGUGCAACGACUAAUGAAUAGAAGAACCCGAACUACACUACCAACUACCUCAAAGCUACUAACAUGCGAGGUGCCCCCCGGGGUGAAAGAACAGAGGAAGAGGACCAAAGAGCAGCAAGCACAACACUACAACCGGUCAGCUAAAGAAAUGACCUCAUUGAAUCCAGGUGACGUAGUACGCAUCCAACCACAUAAUAGGCAAAAGGAGUGGCGAAGAGCAAAGGUCCUUCGUUCGGCACCAGAGCCACACUCAUAUGUGGUGAUGACAGAGGACGGAGCUACUUAUCGUAGAAAUAGGAGACAUCUUCGCCAAGUGGCUGAAACCUGGAGUCGCCGUGAGCCUGACGAUGAGAUGAUAAUUGAACCAAGUACGCAGAUACAGCCACCCACAAGCAGUGGUGAUGCCCAAAUUACAACACAAGUGAGGAGUGAAGACAAAACCAGAAAUGGUCGCAAUAUUCGUCCACCAACCUAUCUUCAAGAUUUUGUGAAGAAUAGCGCAAAUGCCGACCUGUUUGAAAACGUCCUGUGGGGUAUUGGAGCAGCCGCGGCGGUAGCCGUUGCAGGACCUGUCGGGCUUGCUGCUGUUAUACAGGGGCUGGUAUUACUGCCGGGUCUUGUGUGGCGGGAAAUGAUGUCAACCGCCGCCAUCGCCAAUGGGGGUGUGGUCGCUACGCUCCAAGCUGCUGGAGCACUCGGAUCGGUUGGUUAUGUGGCACCCGCUGUGGCAGGCGUGGCUGCAGCCGGUGCAAAGGCUUUAAUUGAUGAUUAG